CCGCCGCCGGGUAUUAAUUCUGGAUCUGCGGGCUCGAGGCCACACUUGGCUCUUCUUCCAGAAAGAAGAAAAGGGGGAGGGAUCUCCGGAGUCUGACUGGCAGUUUACAUAAUGAGCUUGCAACAGCUAUAUAAACAGCUGAAAGGAAGCGAGUUGCCUACUUGCUGAGCGAGCGCUGCGAGGCCGGGAAAGAGGAGCCACCAGCACCCGCCGCGGCCCCGGGCACCUCAUCGCCUCGCCUCUGGAGUGUAUCGAAAGGCAGCCGUCCUGGGACUGCGCGGCUGGAUCCUCUCCCCCGCGGCUGGUUUCAAACUCUGGAUUAUACCCGACUGCUCUCCCCUCUGAAGUUUGGGACGUGUUCGGAAGGGAGAGCGGCUGCACGGGGCGACCUGCGGGCGACAACUUUGGGGCCGAGCCAGAGGCGCAUCCCUGCAUCCCGAGGAAUACAAGGCGAGGGCGUCAAGUCGGGCCUCCGCGAGCACCCGAAGAGGAUGGCCGCCUUGCGUUUCUUGGGCUUGGCGCUGGCCCUGGCGCUCCCGCUGCAGCGGGUCUGCGGCUCCGGCGUCUUCCAGCUGGAGCUGCGCGAGUUCGUCAACAGGCAGGGCUUCCUGGCCAGCGGAGAGCCCUGCGCGGCCGGCUGCAGGACCUUCUUUCGCGUUUGCUUGAAGCACUUUCAGGCGGUCAUCUCCCCGGGCGCCUGCACCUUCGGGAGUCUCACCACCCCGGUGCUGGGAAUCAACUCUUUCCCCAUCAAAGAGACGGAGGGCUUCCGCAGCCCCAUCAAGUUGCCGUUUAACUUUACCUGGCCGGGAACUUUCUCUCUGAUCAUUGAAGCCUGGCAUGCUCCUGAAGGUUACCAUCCAACAGGCUCCGAGACCCCAGCUCGGAAAUGGCUCAUCAGCCAAAUGGCGAUCCAGCGCUCGCUGGCGGUGGGCGAGGACUGGUUCCAAGACGAGCAAAGCAACCAGCGCGCCAGGCUCAGUUACUCCUACCGAGUGGUCUGCAACGAGCACUACUACGGAGACAACUGCUCCCGUCUCUGCAGGAGUCGGGACGAUCACUUCGGACACUACAUUUGCCAACCUGACGGCAGCUUCACCUGUAUGACGGGCUGGACUGGAAACUAUUGUACGGAGGCCAUCUGUUUAGCUGGGUGUUCAGAGAAAAGUGGAUUUUGCAGAAAUCCAGGAGAAUGCAUCUGUCGUAGUGGUUGGCGGGGCCGCUAUUGUGAUGAAUGCAUUCCUCAUGUGGGCUGUCGUCAUGGUACAUGUACAAAACCAGGGAAGUGCCUAUGUGACGAAGGCUGGGGUGGCCUCUUCUGCGAUCAAGAUCUGAAUUAUUGCACCCAUCACAAACCCUGCAAAAAUGGAGCCACUUGCAUGAAUACUGGUCAAGGAAGCUACACCUGUUCUUGCAAAGAGGGAUUCACUGGCAAGGACUGCGAAAGGAAUAUUAGUGAAUGUGAUAGCAACCCCUGCAAGAAUGGGGGCAGUUGCACAGAUUUAGGAAAGGAGUACCAAUGCACCUGUCCCCCAGGAUAUGAUGGUAUGAACUGCGAGCACGCUGCCUUGACUUGUCUUGACUCUCCAUGUUUUAAUGGUGGCACAUGCCUGGAAAGAGAAAGAGGAACCAGCUAUACUUGCCUUUGCCCCAUGGGAUUUACUGGAUCCAACUGUGAAAAAAAAGAAGACAGGUGUACCAACAAUCCCUGCGCUAAUGGUGGGCAAUGUUUUGUAAUGGGCCAACAGCAUGUGUGUCGCUGCCGUCCUGGCUUCUCUGGUCAGACGUGUGAGAUAUACAUCAGCCGGUGUGCAAGAAAUCCCUGUUCCCAUGGAGGAUCAUGUCAUGACCUUGACGCUACCCAUGAUUACACAUGUACUUGUUUGCCAGGCUUCACUGGCAGAAAUUGUGAUAUUAGAACUAGAGAUGGCUGUUCUUCUGGGCCGUGCCAGAACGGGGGAACGUGCUACAUUGGGCUUUAUACUAAAAGCUUUGCCUGCCACUGUCCCCCUGGCUUCAUGGGCAGCCACUGCGAAAUUGUUACAAAUGUCAUCCCACCACUUCCUAAGCCAGUUCCCUGGGUGGCUGUAUCCAUGGGAGUUGGGCUAGUGGCUCUCCUCAUCUUGUGCUGCAUGAUAGCCAUAGUUAUCCGACAGAUGCAGAGACACCCAGAACAAAAUUCAGAAACAAUGAACAACGUGUCUGACUUCCAGAAGGAAAAUCUCAUCCCAGCUUCUCAGCUUAAGAACACCAAUAAAAAUAAAGACCUUGAAAUAGAUUGUGUACUGGAGAAAUCAAACUACAAACUUAAAAAUCAUACAUUGGAUUAUAACCUGGUGAAGGAACUGACAAAUAGAGGAGCUCAGGAAGAUAAAUACCAUAAAAGUGAAAAGUGUAUAGGAGAGAAAUCACCCUUCUGGCUAUGCAGUGAAAAGCCAGAAUGUAGAAUAUCAGCAAUAUGCUCUCCAAGGGAUUCAAUGUACCAGUCUGUUUUUGUAAUAACAGAAGAGCGGAAUGAAUGUAUUAUAGCUACAGAGGUAUAAGAGUGAAGGCUGCUCUGUUUGCACCUCAGUUCUAGUGAUGCCACGAAGUGGACAUUCCUACUACAUUGUUUACAAUUCAAAAUUGGAUUGGACUUGGGUUUUUUUUUAAUUAUAUGCAAUUUGCUGCUCUCAGGAGGAGGAGUGGAUGAAAGUGGGUGAACUGGACAGACUGUGAAUUUAAAAGAUGCAAUAUACCUUUUUGCCCCCUGUUUCCUUAUUUUGAAGUCUGAUAGGAGGAAUGUAACUGACUACUAGCAGGGGAGAGACAAAGAUGUCUCUUACUAGCUUUUAAAAUGACAUGCCAGUUGCUCAUGGACAGUUAUGCGACUAUCCAGAACUUCAGUCUUGAAAGGUGCCUUGUCAGUAUAAAGGCCCUUGGACGUUAUCACAGAGUUUAUCAAUGACACUGUGAGAAGAAUGAAUGAAGAAACAUAUUUUUCUAUGCAGAUAAUGGAUACAGAAUAAGUGUCACCAUUUUUUUCUGGAUUUGGAAGUGCCUAAAAAGCGUGUCUGAGAAUCUAGAGAGCCCAAAUCAAGACCCAUCAGCCUUUCCCCCCUCCAGCACCCAAGCAGUAUUGUCCAGGAGUGGCUAUCAACAUCUCCUGUUGCUCUUCUAUUUUCCCCUCCUUUUUUCCCCCUACCAUUUAUUAUUCACAGAUAACUUAAGGAACAUGGCUACUGAAUUGGCAUUUUGUCUCCUUGGAUGCUGCUUUGGUGAACUGAGCAGUAACUGGGAUUUGUUCUUUUUCUGAAUCACGGGACUCCCCAGACAUAAUCUGACCCGAGAGAGGAUGUUGACUUUUCUCUUUCAUAAGAGGAAAGUGAAACCCCGGGCUCCCUGACAGCCUUAUAUGUGCGUUUAAAAUCAAUCAGAUGUUUUCCUGCUCUUUGCACUACUAGUCACCAUAAACAGAAGUGUGUUUCUUCUAUGUUAUACGUGUAAAGAGAGGUUUGGAUUUUGUCUUAGAGAUCUGGACUGGUCUGGUGCCACCCUUUCAACUGCAGAUAAUCUGGAUGACUACACUGUUACGUUUUUACAGCCAGGCAAGUGUUUAUGAUCCUGCCUUUGUAUUCCUUCUGCGAAACCUCCCACACUGACUACAGUUGAAUUCCUUUUUCUAAACACCUGACAAAGACUAAGCUACAAAGGGGAUUUUGGGGGGGGGAUCCAUUAUGGGGGGAGGGGGGACUGUAAAGCCCUUGGUUUUCCCUGUUUGUUCCUUUCUUCACAUUGCUACAAAGAAAGGAAUAACCUUAAGUUUUUGAAUCCAAAGGAGCAGUUCUGAACUGGAAACUCAGAACUGACACGGACUCUCUCGUACAUUUACAGCAAUAAUAGACAUUUCAGAUAGGAAGUGCUGUUCAUAGUGAUAAACAAGUACUGUGGGAAAGAGAAUAUGGCGGAAGCAGAGAGAGGAAGCAAAUUUUCAUUCAAGGAAGUUGGGAUCGUGUUUUCUGUGGUGGAAGAGCAAUGUUCCUGACCUUGAAAAUCCCAGGGCUGGAUUAAUCCAUCUCCAGCCUUGAACUGUGCAAUCAAGUUCUUGCUUGGUAUGUUCACUACUGACAUUCUGGCCAUUGUGAAGAGGAGCUUCAGAAAUCAAUAAUAUGGUUUAUACUAGUGUCUGUCUGUAGUUUAUUUUGAAGCCUAGCAUUUCAAUAAUUUAAAGUAAAAAUCAGAAGCACUGAACUUUCUACAUUUUGUAACAUUAUUUUGUAUAUAAUGUAUAUUUAUAAUCAAACAGAAGUGUAAAUAUGUUUAUUACAUAUGUCAUGUUUUUAUGUGAUGACAAAGUUUGAAUUUUAUUUUUUUUUUCAAAUAAUGAAGAUACUUUCUUGCUACUGCAAACUUUUAGUGUGGUUUCUUAUGCUAUGAUUUGGAUGUCAUGACCUUGCAGUGUUUACAAGGAUAGCUCAUGGCAAAGCUUGUGAGGUAACAAAAAUUUAUUACUGCUAAUAUUAGUAUUUCAGUAAAUGAACUCAAUGUGUGUUUUGAGUUGCUGAACAUCCCAUUUGAUAUAAAGUUUAACCUGUAACCAUAAUAGACUAAAAAAAUUUAAGAAUCCCUUAAAUUUUAUCCUUACUAUAUGGAUAAAAUCUUGCCAUAUAUAUGAUGGUUUUGCUUGAAAUAGUAACAGAGAAAGGUCUCCAGGUCAU